CUCCGCAGAGAUGCUGCCGUCGCCGCUGGCCCCCGCCUGCCUCCUGGCUGCGCUGCUCUGCGCCGGGAUCCGCGCUGCCCGAGUUAACAAGCACAAACCAUGGAUAGAAACCACGUACCAUGGCAUAGUUACAGAAAAUGACAACACAGUACUGUUGGAUCCCCCGUUAAUAGCACUGGAUAAAGACGCACCUCUCCGUUUUGCAGAGAGUUUUGAGGUGACAUUCACCAAAGAAGGUGAGAUUUGCGGAUUUAAAAUUCACGGGCAAAAUGUCCCCUUUGAAGCGGUGGUGGUGGAUAAAUCCACCGGAGAGGGGCUGAUACGAUCCAAAGAGAAGCUGGACUGUGAGCUGCAGAAGGAUUUCACGUUCACCAUCCAAGCCUACGACUGUGGAAAGGGACCAGAUGGAGCAAAUAUGAAGAAAUCCCACAAAGCGACGGUGCACAUCCAGGUGAACGACGUCAACGAGUACGCGCCGGUGUUCAAAGAGAAGUCCUACAAGGCCGCCGUUAUCGAAGGGAAGAGGUACGACAACGUUCUGAAAGUGGAAGCGGUGGACGCUGAUUGCUCUCCCCAGUUCAGCCAGAUCUGCAGUUAUGAAAUCGUGACGCCGGACGUCCCCUUUGCUAUUGACAAAGACGGUUACAUUAAGAACACGGAGAAACUGAACUACGCCAAGGAGCACCAGUAUAAGCUCACCGUGACGGCCUACGACUGUGGGAAGAAGAGGGCCGCGGAAGACGUGCUCGUGAAGAUUAGUAUUAAGCCGACGUGCAAACCAGGCUGGCAAGGUUGGAGCAAAAGAAUGGAGUACGAACCCGGGACCGGGGCGCUGUCUCUCUUCCCCAACAUCCAUUUGGAGACCUGCGACGAGCCCAUCGCUUCCGUGCAAGCCACCGUGGAGCUGGAGACCAACCACAUUGGGAAAGGAUGUGACCGCGACACGUACUCCGAGAAAUCCCUUCACCGGCUUUGCGGUGCUUCCUCUGGCACUGCCGAGCUCCUUCCGCCUCCUAGCAGCACUGCCAACUGGACAAUAGGCCUUCCUACAGACAAUGGCCAUGACAGCGACCAGGUCUUUGAGUUCAACGGCACUCAAGCGGUGAAGGUUCCGGACAACGUCGUCACCGUCAACAUGAAAGAGCCGUUUGUCAUUUCGGUGUGGAUGAGGCACGGGCCUGGGACCAAAGACAAGGAGACCAUCCUCUGCAAUUCAGACAAGACAGAUAUGAACCGGCACCAUUACUCCCUCUACGUGCACAAUUGUCGGCUUGUCUUCCUCUUCCGCCAAGAUCCCUCCGAGGGGCAGAGUUACAAACCAGCAGAGUUCCACUGGAAACUGAACCAGGUAUGCGACAAGGAAUGGCACCACUACGUCCUCAACGUGGAAUUUCCCACGGUCACGCUCUAUGUUGACGGCGUCUCCUUUGAUCCUUUCCCGGUGACCGAGGACUAUCCCCUUCACCCGUCCAAAAUAGAAUCCCAGCUCGUGGUCGGCGCCUGUUGGCAAGAAGAUACAGGAAAUGAGAAUGACACGGAAAAAGCGACCGAAACUCCUGCAGGUGGCGAACUCCGCAUGGCCCAGUUCUUCCGAGGCAACCUCGCCGGCUUGAUGAUCCGCUCGGGCAAGCUGGAGAACAAGAAAGCGAUUGACUGCCUCUAUACCUGCAAAGAAGGGUUGGACCUGCAGACGGCCGACGGCGUCGGCAAAGGCCUGAAGAUCCACAUGAACCCCAGCCAGUCAGCCGUGAGCCUGGAAGGAGAUGACAUCGACCGCUUUGACAAAGCCAUGCAGCACGUGGCCUACGUCAACUCUCGCCAGUUUCCCACGCCAGGCAUCCGGAGGAUCAAAAUCACGAGCACGGUCAAAUGCUCCAACGACGAGGCCUGCAUCGCCAUCCCCUUCGUCGACGGCUACGUCAUGGUCCUGCAGCCCGAAGAGCCCAAGAUCAGCCUCAGCGGCAUCAACCACUUCGCUCGCUCGGCCUCGGAGUUCGAGAGCCCCGAGGGGGUUUCCCUCUUCCCCGAGCUCCGCAUCAUCAGCACCAUCACCCGGGAGGUUGAGCCGGAGGGGGACGGGGAUGAGGACCCCACAGUCCAAGAAUCCUUGGUGUCCGAGGAGAUCAUGCACAACCUGGACACCUGCGAGGUCACCGUGGUGGGAGAAGAGCUCAGCCAGGAACAAGAGAGCUUGGAGGUGGACAUGGUCCGGCUGCAGCAGAAGGGGAUGGAGAUGAGCAAUUCCAAUCUUGGCUUGAUCAUUACCGGGGUCGAUACCAUGGCCAGCUACGAGGAGAUUUUGCACUUGAUACGCUAUCGCAAUUGGCACGCCGUCGCCCUCUUUGACCGGAAGUUCAAACUGGUCUGUUCGGAGCUCAACGGCCGUUACGUCAGCAACGAGUUUAAAGUGGAGGUCAACGUGAUCCACACAGCCAACCCCGCGGACCACGCCAACCACAUCGCCGCCCAGCAGCCUCAGUUUGUCCAGCCCGUCCACCACUCUUUCGUCGACCUCUCUGGCCACAACCUUGCUAACCCUCACCCCGGCUUUUCAGUCGUCCCCAGCACCGCCACAGUGGUGAUUGUGGUCUGCGUCAGCUUCCUGGUCUUCAUGAUCAUCCUGGGAGUGUUCCGGAUCAGAGCCGCCCACCAGAGAACCAUGCGGGACCAGGACUCUGGGAAGGAGAACGAGAUGGAUUGGGACGACUCGGCGUUGACCAUUACCGUUAACCCCAUGGAGACCUACGAGGACCAGCACAGCAGCGAGGAGGAGGAAGAGGAGGAGGAGGAGAGCGAAGACGGCGAGGAAGAGGACGACAUCACGAGCGCCGAGUCGGAAAGCAGCGAGGAGGAAGAGGAGGGAGAGCAGGAAGAAGACCAACAGAACGUUAAUAGACAGCAACAGCUAGAAUGGGACGACUCCACUCUCACCUAUUGAUCCCAGGUCUCAACGCUGUGUCCUGUCUACAUUUUCCUUUUUUGUUUGUUCUUCUGUUCUAGAAGACUCCGCCGCAAAAACACUCCACUGCUCCCAAGGAUCCAGGGCGCACAAGCGAAGCGCUCGGCUCCCGCAGAGCCAACCGACACAGCCUGACACCCACCCACCCCCACUCCUCACACACAAGACACC